AUGGACCUGUGCACGACUCAGUUUUCCCCCAGCAGCCUGAAGAUGAAGCAGCAGAGGACUGCAAGCUUGGAUAUCCUCAGCACUACUGGCUAUGAUACCAUCAUCCAUCAUUUGAACAACGGCCGCAAGAACUGCAAAGAGUUUGAGGACUUUUUGAAAGAAAGGGCAUCGAUUGAAGAAAAAUACGGCAAGGAUCUGCUCAGCUUAUCCAGGAAGAAGCCAUGUGGACAGUCGGAGAUCAACACCCUGAAGCGGGCCCUCGAAAUCUUCAAGCAACAAGUAGACAACGUCGCCCAGUGUCACAUUCAGCUUGCACAGACUCUAAGAGAAGAGGCCAGGAAAAUGGAAGAAUUCAGGGAAAAGCAGAAGCUACAACGGAAAAAGACAGAGCUUGUAAUGGAUGCUGUCCAUAAACAAAGGAACUUACAAUUCAAGAAAACUAUGGAUGCAAAGAAGACCUAUGAGCAGAAAUGCCGGGACAAAGAUGAGGCGGAACAAGCGGUCCACCGGAGUGCCAACCUGGUAAACACAAAGCAACAGGAAAAGCUUUUUGUGAAACUGGCAACUUCAAAGACUGCAGUAGAAGACUCAGACAAAGCAUACAUGCAGCACGUCAACACACUGGACAAGAUCCGAGAAGAAUGGCAGAGCGAGCACGUGAAGGCCUGCGAGGUGUUUGAAGCCCAAGAAUGUGAACGAAUAAACUUCUUACGGAAUGCACUGUGGUUACAUUUGAAUCAGCUGUCACAACAAUGUGUCACCAGCGAUGACAUGUAUGAACAAGUCCGUAAGAGUUUAGAAAUGUGCAGCAUUGAGAAGGACAUUGAGUUCUUUGUGAAUCAACGCAAAACUGGCCAGAUUCCACCAGCACCAAUUCUGUAUGAGAAUUUCUACUCUCCCAACCGGAAUGCAGCCGCACCAGGAAAGGCUAUAGGAGCUAAUUUAGCAAGGAGAGGACCUCUCCCAGUUCCUAAAAGUUUUCCAUCAGAUGACCCUGAUUAUUCUUUGGUUUCUGACUACAGUUUACUCUAUCAGUAAUACCAGAG